CUGUUUGAGAAACGAAUCUUAGAGGAUAGAGUUAAAGUGCGACGGGGUGUAUUCCUUAUGUCUGUGACUUUGCGACUUAUUGCCUUUAUUGCUGGAAUUUUCCUCGUUUGGAAGAUUAGGGUUUUGACGGCGAAGUAUCGUCGUAAGCACGGUUUGCUAGAAUCAGACUGGGAGACGCGAAAUAUCAAUCAAUGUGAUACCCUAGUUCUCAUAGCCGUCGUGGGAAACCUACUUUGUUUGUCGGCCAUUCUUUUUGUCCCCUACCUACGGGCUUUCCGUUCACAAGGUUUGGCGGUAAUUAGGCCAAGCAAUCCUUCUUCCACCUAUUCGGUAGGUUAUCCUGAAGGUCCAUUUUGGGAGCGGCUAUGGAGGACGGAGCGAGAAAUUGAGCUACGAUUCAUGUAUCAGAGACACCUCCGGGAGCACCCCGACUUCACCGCGGAGGACGCCAGGAUCCACUCGGAGACAUGCGGCUUGCCGGCUUUCUGGUUUCACGACGUGUCUGAACUCUUGCACAUCGUUCGGCGGAACUUGCCCACACUGUCUGUGAAGUCCUGGGAAUCUGGCUCGGACGGUCCGGACGGGGUGAGGAAAAACCGCGGGGAGAUGAGAAUGGCAUUGGAGGCUCUUCAUGAGUUAUCGCGGUUCAGGAAUACAGACCUUGCGCAUGACAUGGCCGAUGUCGUUCAGGAUAUUCCACAGGCAAGCCGUUUCGCCUUAGAUGUCGACUUCGGUCGGGAUUUCGUGCAAUCAGGAGGAGAUGUCGUUCUGCUGAGGGUGCUCCAAUGCACAACGAACCCCGUGGGUUCGACAGAGGUGCGACUCGCUGCGGCCAUCCUCGGCCGACUCGCUUCGGGCCUUGCUGUGUUCCCAUGGCAGCCCUGGCGAAACCAGGCAGAUGCUGAUCAGGACAUGGCACGAUAUUACACCCACUUGGGAGGUGAAAUCUUGGAGGAGCUGGUCCAUCUACUGGAGCUGUGUGCAGACGAGCACGGCAAUAACGCCAACGGAAUGACAGCCGAGGAGGAGGUAGAGGGAGGAGAGGAGCAAGAGGAGGUGGCGGAGGAGCUGUGUGCAGACGAGCACGGCAAUAACGCCAACGGAAUGACAGCCGAGGAGGAGGUAGAGGGAGGGGAGGAGCAAGAGGAAGUGGCGGAGGAGGACAAGCUCCGUCUUCAAGCGACUGCCCUCGGCGCAAUCUGUGGUUUGGCACAGGCUGCUAGCGAGCUGUAUGCACAUAUCGGCUGCUUGGAGAAGGAGCGGUUUCAGCAUGAGCGUGCUCCAGUAGCACCUCUACCGAACAGAUUUUGUAAUUCUUUCUCCACUCUUGGCCCAGGGGAUUGGUCAUUGGAGACGCCCAUACCCAAUUUCGACGCAGAGGCGGUUCGGGACUUCACUGAGAGGAUAAGGGCGAAGUUGCUUUGCCCCCGAACGCUGAACCUUCUACUGGGCUUUUCGGAUGCCGGAAAGACGAAGCCAUCGUUUCACCAGCUCGUCGCCGACUCCAUAAGGAUCUUCGCCUACCUGUUGUGCCCGAGGAUGGUCUACUGGCAUCGGUUUGACAUGAGGCUGCAGGAGCUUCCCCCCCCUCUGUGCUCUCACAUCUCCAUCCCAGGGCUGCUGGAUGUUCUGGAGGGGUGGAUUUGUCGAUGCUGGAUACUGAAAGAGAUGUCGGGUCUCUCGGCAUUCUCGAAGCUGCACAUAGCCAAGAUUUUAAUCUAUCUGAAGACCGGAUACACGGACACAUAUGUGGCAAAGAUUCUGCUGCAGUGUCUCGACUACAGCCGUAAUGUGUGUGGGAGGAGGGAGAUUGACUGGUUCACCCGCGAGGUAUUGCACUCGAUGCGCGACCUGCUUGCGGCCGCUAGACUCGUCGACAAGAGACUGAUCUGUCACGAUAUCUCCAACCCGGAUGGAACGGGAUGGAGAUUCAUUCUCCACGUGUUAGAAUUGCAUGCGUACCCAUUGCCAAGAACCCUAAGCAAUUAUUCCCUAGCUGCUUGCAUUGAGGACGAGGACGAGUAUAAGGAUCACGGUGUUGACAUUUGGCGUGGGUUGGGUCUCCAGCAGUGCGAUGCAUCUGCCGUUGGGCUGGCAGCAGAUGUCAUCGAAGACUUGCUGUACGGCCAACUUUUGGAAGGGUGGGUCGAAACCACUUCCCUGCCGAUCGACCAAGAUUCCCUCGAUGACCUUCGCAGCAGCACGGAGUAUCUCCCCAGCAUUUACUUGGAUGGCCUAGAAUUCUGCUCAUCCGUCCUCUCCUAUUUGCGUUUCGAAAUAGUGAAACCCCGAGACUCUCGCAUCAAGAGAUAUUGGACUAUUUUCCACCUUUGGGUGAUUGAGCCCUGUUGUAAUCCUGCGUGGAGGCCGGCGUGCACAUUCAGGGAGAGUGUUCAGAACAAGUGCUACGAGGCUGACGUGUCGGGGAUGGAGGAAAUGGAGGACGCCGUUGAAACGGUUCUCCUCGUUCGAAAUGUUACUCGGGUCCUUCGACUGCUUGUUUGUUCUUCUGUGACCACGGAGGAAAUCUUCGAUGAGGAGAGGCACGCGAGCUGGUCGGUACCCAUCCUCGACCACCUACUCCUCCUCCUUCAAUGUGGCCCAGGAUGUCUUCACCUGCCCUCUCAAUUGGGACUACAGCCGUUGUAUCUAACUUGCAUCUGCGACAUCCAGUCUAACAGUGCCGCCGUAAUCCAACGGCUACUUGAGCUAAUGGUUCCCAAUCAUGUAGCUGGACGGCAGCCAUUCCUACAAUUUUACUGGGCACGGCUGCGGCGGUGGCAACAGCAGAGGUAGUCAGAAGGUGGUCCCGGACCUCGCGGUUCCAGCUCAGACUUCG